AUGGAUACUAAAAUAAUCUUCUCAAUUGUAUCUCUAUUGUUAAUAAAUUUCUCUCUUGUUCAAGCACAGCCAGCUGUUUUUGAUAUAACAAAAUUUGGUGCAGCACCUGAUAGAAAAGCAGAUGCAAGUAAGCGGAUGCUUGGAAAGAGGCUUGUGCAGCAGCAGGAUCUAGCAAAUAUUGAUUCCAGCAGGGACAUUCUUGGCAGGAACUUUAGAUGGUCAAGGAGAAGUUGCAUGGAAGGGAGUAUUUGUGACAAAGAUCCAAAAAAUUGCAAGAAACAUCCUAUGAAUAUAAGGUUUAAUUUCAUUAUCAAAGGCUUAGUUCGUGACAUAACGUCUCUUAAUAGCAAGUACUUUCACGUCAAUGUAUUGGGAUGUGAGGACUUCACAUUUGAAGGCUUCAAAGUCAGUACACCUGAAGGUAGCCUUAAUACCGAUGGAAUUCAUAUUGGGCGAUCAAAGGGAGUGACUAUAUCUAAUGCCAAAAUAGGCACGGGUGAUGAUUGUAUCUCUAUUGGUGAUGGAACCGAAAAUCUAAAAAUCACAAAAGUGGCAUGUGGACCUGGUCAUGGCAUCAACAUAGGGAGCUUGGGGAAGUAUGAGAAUGAAGAUCCUGUUUCCGGAAUUACCGUUUCCGAUUGCACCCUCACCGGUACAACUAAUGGUGUUAGAAUUAAAACUUGGCCUGCACUAUUUCCUAACACUGCAACUAAUAUUCAUUUCCAAGAUAUUACUAUGGAAAAUGUCUCCAAUCCUAUUAUUGUAGAUCAAAUGUAUUGUCCAUGGAAUAAAUGCAAUAAAAAGGAACCAUCUAAAGUGAAGAUUAGUGAUGUUAGCUUCAAAAAUAUAAAGGGAACUUCUGCAACUGCUCUUACCGUUCAACUUAUAUGUAGCAGUGGAAUACCAUGUGAAAAAGUGGAACUUGCGAACAUUGACUUGACAUAUAGUGGUCCUGAAGGCCCAGCAAAAUCUGAAUGCAUUGAUGUUAAGCCAACAAUUGUAGGGAAGAUUCCAGAGGGAUGCAAAUAG